AUGACUCGCAACUACCACGAUGAUGGUAGCCAAUCCAUCCAAGGCGAGCAGACUGACAUCAACCAUGGCGAUGGCAGUCAAUCUGUCCAAGCAGAGCAAGCCGUCAAAGUAGAGCAGCCUACUCAACAAGAUGAACCUGUUCAAGUAGAGCAACUUGCCCAACAAGAUGAACCUGUUCAAGUGGAGCACCUUGCCCAACAGGAUGAACUUGCCCAACAAACUGAACCUGUCCAAGCAGAGCAACCUGUUCAAGCAGAGCAACCUGUUCAACAGGAUGAAAUUGCUAUCAAUGGAUCUAAUGUUCUAGAGUUCGACUUCUCGACCCUUCGUCAACACCCCGCCUUGACCCUUAAGAAGACCGGCGACAACGUUCAGAUGAUUAUCGACCUCGAUUUCUCUCAGCCGGAGUCACCCCCAGAUAUUGGAGCUCUCUUACAAGCUCUUAUGGAUUACGCGGAGAUUAUCAGAAACGUCAAGAUUCUCAUCAAGGCUCCCAGACAGCAUCGCAAUAUCGCGACGUGCAAGGGUAGGCUUGCUAGAGUUUCCAUGGUCAUCUUUGUUUUGAACAGCUUCCAUCUCAAAAAAGUGGAGGUAAUCGCCCGUCCCGACGACCACUAUAGUUAUAAGCAACUCUGCCUUACUAUCGUCGCAUAUCAGCUGAAGAUUCGCAACUGGACCUUGGCAUACGAGGUUUUGGGUCUCGAUGGUAAGUGGGAUAUCCCUAUAAACAGCGAGGAUGAAUUAAGACUUCGUCGUCUUUAUAGAAAGCUUUUCUUAAAGAAACGUUAA